UCCCAAGUGUACAGUGGCAUCAAGCUCGGCGCAGAGCUCCCGGAACGCUCCAGCGCCCUCAGCCUGUUUCCCAGGACCGGUCCCCGGCUGCGCGCCCCAAUUUCCAACAGCCUGCCUGUCCCCCGGGAACGUUCUGACAUCCUUGGGGAGCCCCCAGCUACGCGACACUGUCCCGAGAACGCUCUCAUCACCCGUAGUUGCAAGUUUCGGAGCGGCAGUGGGAAGCAUGCGGGACUACGACGAGGUGACCGCCUUCCUGGGCGAGUGGGGGCCCUUCCAGCGGCUCAUCUUCUUCCUGCUCAGCGCCAGCAUCAUCCCCAAUGGCUUCAAUGGUAUGUCAGUCGUGUUCCUGGCGGGGACCCCAGAGCACCGCUGCCGGGUGCCUGACGCCGCGAACCUGAGCAGCUCCUGGCGCAACAACAGUAUCCCGCUGCGGCUGCUGGACGGCCGCGAGGUGCUCCACAGCUGCCGCCGCUACCGGCUCGCCACCAUCGCCAACUUCUCGGCGCUCGGGCUAGAGCCGGGGCGCGACGUGGACCUGGGACAGCUGGAGCAGGAGAGCUGCCUGGAUGGCUGGGAGUUCAGCCAAGACGUCUACUGGUCCACCGUCGUGACUGAGUGGAAUCUGGUAUGUGAGGACGACUGGAAGGUGCCCCUCACCACCUCCCUGUUCUUCGUCGGAGUGCUCCUCGGCUCCUUCGUUUCCGGGCAACUGUCAGACAGGUUUGGCAGGAAGAACGUUCUCUUCGCAACCAUGGCUGUACAGACUGGCUUCAGCUUCCUGCAGAUUUUUUCCAUCAGCUGGGAGAUGUUCAUUGUGUUAUUUCUCAUCGUGGGCAUGGGCCAGAUCUCCAACUAUGUGGUAGCCUUCAUACUAGGAACAGAAAUUCUUGGCAAGUCAGUUCGUAUUAUAUUCUCUACAUUAGGAGUGUGCACAUUUUUUGCAGUUGGCUAUAUGCUGCUGCCACUGUUUGCUUACUUCAUCAGAGACUGGCGGAUGCUGCUGCUGGCGCUGACGGUGCCGGGAGUGCUGUGUGUCCCGCUGUGGUGGUUCAUUCCUGAAUCUCCUCGGUGGCUGAUAUCCCAGAGAAGAUUUAGAGAGGCUGAAGAUAUCAUCCAAAAAGCUGCAAAAAUGAACAACAUAGCUGUACCAGCAGUGAUAUUUGAUUCUGUGGAGGAGCUAAAUCCCCUGAAGCAGCAGAAAGCUUUCAUUUUGGACCUGUUCAGAACUUGGAAUAUUGCCAUAAUGACCAUUAUGUCUUUGCUGCUAUGGAUGCUGACCUCAGUGGGUUACUUUGCUCUGUCUCUGGAUACUCCUAAUUUACAUGGAGAUGCCUACCUGAACUGUUUCCUCUCUGCUUUGAUUGAAAUUCCAGCUUACAUUACAGCCUGGCUGCUAUUGCGAACCCUGCCCAGGCGUUAUAUCAUAGCUGCAGUACUGUUCUGGGGAGGAGGUGUGCUUCUCUUCAUUCAACUGGUACCUGUGGAUUAUUACUUCUUAUCCAUUGGUCUGGUCAUGCUGGGAAAAUUUGGAAUCACCUCUGCUUUCUCCAUGCUGUAUGUCUUCACUGCUGAGCUCUACCCAACCCUGGUCAGGAACAUGGCAGUGGGGAUCACAUCCAUGGCCUCCAGAGUGGGCAGCAUCAUUGCCCCCUACUUUGUUUACCUCGGUGCUUACAACAGAAUGCUGCCCUACAUCGUCAUGGGUAGUCUGACUGUCCUGAUUGGAAUUCUCACCCUUUUUUUCCCUGAAAGUUUGGGAAUGACUCUUCCCGAAACCUUAGAGCAGAUGCAGAAAGUGAAAUGGUUCAGAUCUGGGAAAAAAACAAGAGACUCAAUGGAGACAGAAAAAAAUCCCAAGGUUCUAAUAACUGCAUUCUGAAAAAAUAUCUCCCCCAUUUGGUGAAGUGAAAAACAGACAAGACUUCGUGGAGAAAUCCGUUGUUCCCACUGAAAUGGACUGACUGUAAUGAUUGACACUAAAAUGAACCUUGCUAUCAAGAAAUGUUCAUCAUACAGUAAACUCUGGACAAUUCUUCCAGAAAAUGUCCUUGCUUUGCAAACCAAUCAUUUCUAGAGAGUCUCCUUACUCAUUAAUUCGAUGAAAUGGAUUGGUAAGAGGUCUUGAAAACAUAUUAGUCAAGGACUGGUAAAAUAUAUAUAAAGAUUAACACUCGUUUCCAAUUAUACAAAUACUAUCCAAAUAAAAAUAACAUCAUUGUAUUAAUGCAAAUAUUAGGUGACAACAA